AGCUUAACGUUCAAGCAUAGGCAUAUUACCAUUCAUAUCGUACCCUGUAAACAUAAGGGUUGAGCCGCUGUCACGUCUGCAGCAUAAGGGGAAAAGCAUUCCAUCUUUAACCAGGAUCUAACAGGAAGAAUUAAUAGCAGCGAUUUGCUUUAAUCUGUCCAUAACGACCAUUAAGGCUACCAAUACUACUUCUUAUCUCUGAAGGUUAAGGAGAUUCAUCUUCGGUCCUCUUCUCCUUCAUUUCCCGCGGAGCGGAAGAUUCCUUCAACAUUCGGGGGUUAGGCAGCUUGGGUCGGAGUAGCAGCAGUACCGCUCGUCCUGGCGGUGGCAAGGGCGGUACUGUUGCAGUCAAUGACAGCUCCGUAGCAUUUCCCAAUACUUCUGUAUCACCUACAGCAUCUGGAAAUGGAUCUAGAACAAGCCCAGUCCAGAAACGCAAGUCGUGGUCAUUCUUCACAUCAUUUAAGAACCGACGUACCUCAAUGCCAGUGCAGUCUUCCUCAGUCGAACAAGACAAAGCAGCAUCGCUCAUCAAGAAGGGCCAGUUAUCGCUGCUUAUCGAAUCCUCUCGAGGACUCAGUCAGAAGGACACCCACAGGAGCCCAGCACAAGAAACCAAUGGCCACACUCUUUUGCAACAGCGACAGUUGUCACAACAAUCUAUUUCAAAGGGAUCAGUUACUAAUGCCAGUUCUUCUGACUUUACCCCAGUCCCUGCUACAAGAACUAGUAUUGAUGCAUCUUCUACGUUGGUUCCACAAGAACGCUCCCUGCUCUCAUCGGCAGGCUUUAUGUCCCGCUCCCGAAGAGUUUCUACAAAGAGCUCUUCAGGUAUGGACCAUAAUACAUCUGCAGAACCCGUUAACAAAAACAAAGUCCACAUCGAAAUACUUCAGAAUAAAGCAUCAUCCGACGUAUCGCCCGAUCAGCCAUCUCUGCAACAAUCAACUCAAGCACAAGCAAUAUCCCAAGUUCAAUCUAUACCCAUGCGGACACAGCCAGAGAUCCAAUCUUCCCAGUCUCAACAGUCUCAACAGCCAGUACCGCAGAAACACAAGCGCCGAAGAUCAUAUAUACCUAAUAUACCUACAAGUUUGAUCACCUCUAAUCUGGCCAGGUUCGUCAGUGGGAAUCAUAACGCAUCAUCGCCAACAGGGUCAUCAUCCACAACAGGUGCUGGGCUAAGUCAAGCAAAUUCACCGCGGUCACCUCGCUCUCCAAAGAUAGUCUCAGCUGGUGCGCAUGCAAGCACAGGUACGGGAUUUCCUAUCUCUGGUGGCCCUGCAGGCACCUCAUCGUCAUCUAGAAUUACUGAUCAGCACCAAUCCAAAGCGGGAGACGACGAUCGAAGCUCUUCUGCCUCACAACAAUCCCAAUCGAUACUGACUGAUGGAGCCGUGCUAACGAUUGAGCAGUUCAAGUGGUGCAGUAUCAGUUGUUGUAACGAAAUAAGGAAUCGAGUGGCCAAACAACGGAUUGAGUUUCACAAGCCUUCUCAAAUGCCUUCUGGCUCAAAUCCGGACGUUGCUAUGAACCCGUCGACGUCAUCUAUUGUGCCCCCACCACAACGUAAACUCGAAAAACCUAGUAAAGUGAGUCGAUUUAACAGCGGUCUCUUGCAACCUUUGGGAUCUACACAGUCUGUAGCCGACACAACACCACUCAAAGAUGAUGCUCGUGGGACAUUACAAGCCCUCUUGCAGGUGAUGGCCAUGUCAACGGCAGAUGACACUUCCACAUCAGGACAAUCACGACGUGACAGUGCACAGGACCCUUUGGCGGGAAGUGCAACAGUAGCGUUCUAUCACGGAUCGUCCAUGGCGCAGCCUCAAAAUCCAUCUCUACUAUCGUUAAUGAAUGGUAGCAACAAUAGUACUGGAGGAGGUUCAUUUCAAUCACUUGUGCCAUCAGCGGCCUCUACCACCAACACAAAUACAGCAGUGGGAUCACCAUCGCAACAACAGCAGAAUCAGCAACACAUCGGAAGCCCUGCGCUAAGGCGGCUGCGGAGCAAAAGGUCUCAAUCAAAGCUGGCGCUUGCUCAAGCCAAUGAUGCAAUUCUAAACCCUCUCUCACUGGAAGAGCUAGUCCGUCUAUUGGCGUGCACACUUUCGCUAGCACCGGAAGAAUGGAUCCCAACCCAUCUGUAUGAUUUCUUUGUACGACCCCAAGGGCGGAAAUACCGCGACUUGGUCGAGCUCUUGCCUACACAAAGCCAGAGAAUAUUAAAAUAUGUGCUUGAAACUGUUGAUGCGUUAGUUGAUUCUGCGGUUAUGGUCACUUUGACUAUACUCCAACAAUACCAACAGCAACAACCAGAACAGAUAGAUGCUUCAACGCCUGUUCCAACAAAAACCAAGAAUACCGCCUCUUCAAUAGUAGCUGCAUGGAGUGGAGUUGGGUCGUCUUCAGAGAGUAGCAAUCAAGGAUCAGGUAGUUUAAGGCAACAAUUGUCGCAGGUACAUUUGCGAGCAAAGAAUGACGUCUUUGGGACGAGCAGCAACGGAAGCGGUAACGGUAGUGGCAACAACAAUAAUAUCAAGGCAGGAUCUGACGCUAAUGUGGUUGCCAAUCUAAUCUUGGCGCUCACAACUACCACUGAGUCGACGUCUUCGUCUCUCUCGACAUCAGCUUUCCUUUCACCACCUCCAACGUCAUCUGCUGCAAUACAACCUGGCAUCAAAUGCAAGUUGACUGACCCAUACAAUUAUUCAGAAGCAGAUCUUCAGGAAAUCGCGGUCCGACAUCGUAAACGAAGAGCUAUUUUGGAUAGUUUUGCGGGACUGGUAUUCCGGUCACGACAAGAUGCAUCGACCAAUUAUUAUGGAUCCGAAAUCUCGUUGGGUCGAGAUGCCAUGAUCCUAAGGCACGUGUCAGCGGCAUUGGCAGAGGAAGUAGCCGCGGCACAAGCGGACGAAAAAGGCAAAAGCAAAAGACGGCAUUCUUCGGUGGCCUCAUCAACGCCUACUUCAGCAGCCGGGACAACAACGAUGAAUGCACGUCUUCAGGCUGCCGAAAGGGAACGAGAGGCACAACUGAAAGCAUUUGAAAAUCUAAUGUUCGCAUUUGAAGAGGAGUAUAAUGUACACAAGAAACCACUGCUCACUGCAGCUACAUCAAAGCCCCAUGCAGAUGGUGAACUGGCAACAGAUGCUAAUGCAACUGGAUGGACAGGGAUGGCAUCUAAUGCAGCAUACACGAGAGCUUUGGCGAUGCAGAGUUUGUCCAAUACUUCUCCGUACAGCAUGACAUCUGGUCAGCCGCAUCUUCACACAACAUCAGGAUUUACUGCCCUGCCGCCUCCUCCUCGUCAGGCCCGAUCGUUAACAAACGCUGCAGCUUCAACAGCAGCAACAGACCUGGCCACAGUCCGGUCAUCGCUUUCAUUGCCACCAUGGCGCAAGGGCUCUGUAAACUCCAACUCCUCUUCAUUGGGAAAUAGCCACCACCCUCAGCAUCAGAAUCUGCACCUUCAUGUACCAGCAAUAGCCACAGCUUCAGCUGGGCCACAAGGGCAAGGGCAAGAGACCGAGCAAAAGAAUACUGCUGAAGGGAGUUUUUUGAAAAAGGAAUCAUCCACUGCUACGGACAUAGGUGUAAACACGAGCACAGCCUUGUCUGGGGAAAGAGCAAAACGACUCAAUUCAGAACCUACAAGACCAAGACCUGAACUGUAUACGCUCCUCGCAUCAUCAUCCAAUGCCUCUAAUUCGGCACCCGUUACCCAAGACUUCACACAUAAGCAAACGUCGUCCUCCACUUCAAACUUGGAAGGAAAUAAAAACGAGAAGGAAAAAGGAAAGCCUCUGAAUCAGAGCGAGGAUCAGGAAAAGGAUUCAAAUGAGCCCAAUAAGCAGCAAAGCCCCAACCAGCGCAGGCAACGAAGGAUGUCGGCUACAUUGUCAGCUUCUUGGUCGACAUGGAAAGAUCAUCUUCUAGUCUUGGAGGAAGAGGAACUGGCGGUUUUAGAACAUUCCUCGGACUCUGAGGAAGAUCCUGCACUUGCACGUGCACGCCUUUUGGCAAAAGGAAGCACACCAUCAACAACUACAACAUCUGCAGCUUCAUAAAAAAAAAAAAAAAAAAAAAAAAAAGAGUAAAAGUUACCAGGAAAGUCAAGGAAGGGGAUGACGGCAAAUGUACAUAUUGUCAUAUAAUACCAACUUCACUUGUACACGCACGCAUAUUCAUUCAUAAUCAUCCACAUUCAAUUUCACCAUAAUCAUGCAACAUAUCCUUACAUCGCAUCAAAAAAAAGUUCGAAGAUCUACAGUUCCA